GCAGCGCUGUCCCUGCUGCCUGUGCGUCCUCUCGGGCUGCAGCUGACGGCCCCGGUCUCCCUCACUGCUCUGAGGUGCAGACUGUUAAAGAGGUACCCAUAAUAGGUGCAGUAGGGAAAGAUCUCACCAUGGCACCAUCAGGAAGAAAGCAUGGAGGAAAAGCUGGUAAACCAGCACAGGAAGAUCAGACCAUACCUUCUUUUGACUUUGAGGAGGAAAGAAAAGAACUGAGUGGAUCAGAGGAAGAUAUUAGAGAAGGUGACAUACCAGUAAUGGACAAGCAUGGAAAGAAAAGACCUCUGGUGAAUACUCAUGUGGUUCCAGAUGAUGUGGGGGGUGAAGUACAGAAUAUGUUGGAGAGAUUUGGAGCUGACAUUAACAAGGCUCUCUUAGCUAAGAGGAAACGAUUAGAAAUGUACACAAAAGCCUCACUCAAAACCAGUAACCAGAAGAUUGAACACGUUUGGAAAACGCAGCAGGAGCAAAGGCAGAAGCUCAAUCAUGAGUUCUCCCAGCAGUUCCUGACUUUAUUUCAGCAGUGGGAUGUAGAUGUGCAAAAGGCAGAGGAGCAGGAAGAAAAACUAGCGAAUAUGCUUCGUCAGCAACAAAAGGUUUUUCAACAGGCAAGAAUAGUUCAAAGUCAGAGACUGAAGACCAUUAAGCAACUCUAUGAACAAUUCUUAAAGAGCAUGGAAGAGCUGGAGAAGAGCAAUGAAAAUCUUCUGGCCGGUGCCCAAAAUGAACUUCGCAAGGAAAUGGCAAUGUUGCAGAAGAAGAUUAUGAUGGACACUCAACAGCAGGAGAUGGCAACUGUUCGCAAGUCUCUUCAGUCCAUGUUAUUCUGAUGGCUCAGUGGAGGAGCAACUUGUACCUAAGUAACACGAUACAAGUACAGGCAUUAGAAGGAUGUUGGGAUUUAAAUGUUUCAAGGUUCCUAUUAAACUCUUUCCUGGAUUGUUCUAAUCUUGUCUGUUCAGGUUCUAAGAACAUAUCUUAGUAAACUUCUAUAACUGGGGGGCAGUAUGGACCCCAAACCAUUCACUGUCUGUUCAGUUGACUUUUUAUAAUUUCAUAUCCACUUCCACUAGCAUUAGACUUUAAAUAGUUUCAUUUUUUUUAUACCAAAUUGUAACAAGGGGAAAAAUUAAUGAAACAUGCAUUGCCCAGAUUUUACGUAAUAACUUGAGGCCUUUAGGUACAUUGUGCAAAUAGAAGCAUUUCUAACAAGCUGCAGAUUGUCACAGUUUCAAUUAGCCUGCUGAUAUAUUAGCUGUUAUAAAAAUUCACAGAGUAUGACAUAGCUCAGACAGAAUUGUUUAAUGAUAUGUAUUAUGGUAAAUUAAAGUAAAUUUUGUUAACUCUUUUGUUAGUCUAGACAUUGCACUAUCUCUGUAUUAGUACGAGAUUUAUAAACUGUUGUAAUUUGUCCAGAAAAUGUGUUGGUUUUUUUUUUUUGAGUUAAAUUAUGAGCUUAAUGUAUCUGCUCAAGUAACAAUAAUUAAACAUUAUGCAUUUUGGGGUCUGCUUUCUGUAGAACCACUGCUAGAAGAAAUUUACCUCAUUUAUUUAGUACAGGCUAUUACAAGCCUUUGAGAUGGAAUAUUAUUUUUUGCAAUUCCAAAUGACUAGCAAUUUAGGGAGACCUGAUUUUUAAGGAUAAAGCAUUUAUCUUUCAUGUAUCUCAUUAGAGUAAAUAAGUAUAAAAUAAACAAUUGGCUUAGUGCACAUGCAGUUUGUUUUUACAGAAAACCAUUACACCUGAAUAUCUACUUUUAAGAAUUAGAUAGUUGCCAAUAUAUUUAAUGCUUUGAUUUAAUACAACAGUAGAAAAAAAAAACCAUCCACACACCCACACACACCAAAUGUGAUGUUGUCACAACAAUGUGUUUCAAAACCAUAUUUUUCUUCUCAGCCUACGAGCAUUUUGAGUCAAGUCAUUUGAUGGUGGUUCUCCAGGUCUGGAAGCCACAUUAGUGAUGGCUAACUUGCAGUAACUUCAGCUGUUUGGUUAUAAUGAGUAUAGAACUCCUUGUUCUGCCCCUGCCAGAAUUCAGGACAGGAGCAAACAUGGGAGUUACACUGAUGCAUGGGGGAUAUGGGCCUCUCAUGGUAACCAGUAACAAUGCUGCUUUGUCAUUACUGAGUCUCAGCCCUCUAAGGCCAGUGACAGGAGGCUAUGAAACAGGUCACAGGUUCUGCUUCAGAUCUUCAGCAGGAGCUUAUUUGUUAGCAUUACCUCCUGCCUCUGGUUUUAUUUGUUAGUAUUGAGUCAUGGUUCUGGUUUUCUGAGUGAUUUCUGCACUAGUCUCCUAUCAUCCAAAUACCUCAACCAUAUCCUCAAAACUACUUAUACCUGCUAUGCCAGGACAGUUUUGACCACUGUGGAGAACUCACUCAUUUCACUCCUAAGAUACUGCCUGUGUCUUUUCAUCAGGAGGUAAAUUUGCUUACUGUAUUCAGCUAAAGUAAAAUGGUCAUUACCAUCUUCUUUCCUAUUUGACCAUGGCCUGGGUUCAGGCUAAAUUCUUUGAGGAUGCUGUGUCAUUUCCAGCCUCAAAGAGCAGUAGUAGGAUUCAUUCUGAAUUUAUAUUAGUCACUUGGAGUUACAAGCAGUAACUGUUACAGUUACAGAUCCUCAAAAUGAUCAUUAUAUUCUUCUUAGGCAGGAGGGUGGUGGAUGCUAUUUUAUUUCCUCCAGACCAGCAGACAAUAUACCACUUUAAAAGUUCCUUGAAUGCCUCAGAAGUAUUUUUGAACCAAUAAGCAGGUAGGAAGCUGCACUGGUAGUAUUUUUAAAACAAACCAUGGCAUUCUUUAUUGGACAGUUCAGGAAGGACUUCAUUAACUCAGAAGCUCAGGUACAUAUCAGCAACUGGAAGGAGUAAUGCACACUUACAUUCAACAGCUUUUUACAUAAACUACAUAUUCAAGUAGUAUCUCUUGAAAGGAGCUUAUAUAUGGUGUUUGUGUGCAAGUAAUCAAUUUUUCAUUCAGCUUUUCUAUAAUGGCAACAGCCCUCUUUUUAGAUAUGUUAUGUUACCCAGGGGGUCUGUUCUUAAAGGAAGAAAGAAGCUGAUAUUGGGCCUGAGUUCCUGUUUUGGAGAGUUUUACAUUAUGGUUCAGUUUUGUGCCCUUUUGUUUGGAUAAAGUACAGUAGCAGCUACAAGACAAUAGGAUCAAUUGUAAGGUAAAUGAACACAGGGAUAGCACAAAGACCAGAGAGGGAAAUACAGAAGGGUGGGCUGCAGUGCUGGAGCCACAGGCUUUGGAGUUUAUCAAUGAACUUUGUCCUUCACUUGCAUAGGCUCACAGAUACAAGUUAGGGUGCCUAAAGUCAGUCCUGUCCUUACACAGCUACCUGUAGUCUAGAUAAGGAUGAAGUACACUGAGACUGACCUUACUGUGACCACAGAACCAGAAACUGGCCUUGAAGGAAAGUGCAAGCUAAAGUUUCAUGUGGUAGCAGUAGCUUAUGUACUUAGAUUCUAGUGAAUGCAUGAAUUCUAAAGGCACUCAUAACAGUACUUUGAAUCAAAGCUGUACCUCCUUUAUCUACUGAUCCAACAGCUUGUUAAUUAGAAGUACCAGAGGAGAGACUGAGUGAUUUUUAGGUCAUGGCUGCCUCCUUUUACCAGUCUUAAUAAUGCAGGAUUGAAUCCAUUGGUACAUCUGACAACCACUUCAGAGCAGUUCUAACAAAACUUUAGAAGCUAAUGCUACAAGAUUAGACAUGAAAUUCCUCUUCAGUUCUGGCUGGUAGCACCUUGCUUUGCAUCUACAUUCACCAGAAGAGAAGUACAAAAUUAAAGUCACCUAAUAGGAAAUGGCAACAUUUUCAAAUGUAGUAUUUGUGGUCUGAAACACAGGGAAAUACAUACUGGUUCAAAAGUACAACAGCAUCUGCAGAACUUUGUACCUACUAAUUCUAACAUCUGGUAAUGUCUGAAACACAGUCAACUUUCUCAUAAAACUGUUUUCUUCAAAAGCUUUAUCUGUCUUCCCAAAAACACAGAGGCUGCUUCAUUCCCCUAACUGCUUCUUCUCUUGUCCUUGAUCUAUUUAAUCAG